UAUUAUAAUAUUUUAAUAUUAUAUUAUAUCACAAUAUAUUACAUCACUCUGUAAUGAAAAAUUAAAAUAAUAUUAUAAUAACAUGCAUCAUUGUCAUAAAGAGUGUUAUUAAAAUAUUAUCAUGUCUCUUAUCAAAUUAAUACUAUGAUUAAUGGAUGUAAUGUUCUAUAAAAUAAUAUUCUGUCUAUUUUCAUGAAAAUGUACAUUUGAAAUACAAUACGCAACCAACCACCAUCUUCUAAAAUCUCCUCAGCAUCUAGACACUAACAAAAAAUCAAGACUAACAGAAUCUUUAACCAAUUGCAAAUUUGGUUUGAAAACCAUAAAACCAGGUCUCGUUGAGACCAGCUAGUUUAAUUUUCCUAUUUUGGACUGGGAAAAAAGAAGAAGAAGAAAAGCAUUGGACUUGUGGUUUCGGUCGGUUUUGACCGGCAAGACCGUUGGAUCGGGUCGUUGUGCACUCCGUGUAUGGAUCCGACUCUGACUACAAGAAAAGAAACAUGAGUUAAAACCCGACCAAAUCCAAACCCGAAUCGGAAUCGGAACACCACCUAAACCCUGGCACGUGGCACCCCCUUCGCGCACCAAGCUGACUCCAACGUCAUCUUGGCCGGGCGGGAACACCUCUUCCCAACGCCACAACAAUAGACCCCCAACCCACCACUUAAUAACAAAACCUACCCCUCCUCUUUCCCUUUAUAUCUAAAUUCUCUCUGCAAUAGUGGUAAAAAGUAAUAAUUAGUAACAGGGUAGGCCAUUGCCAAAAGUGUAAAGCUCCAGCUAAGCCCCGUCGAUGAUAUAAGGCUAAAAGGCUCCAAGAAAGUUUGAAAACCCUCGCAUAAAUCAAAAACCUUCUCUCUUCGAUUCUUGAUACCCAAUCUCUCCUCCCACCGUCUCCUCCAAUGCCUCGAUCUGGUUAUUGAAUCCGUUUGUCCGUUUGUUUCCUGUUCUCUGCCCUGAUCUGCGGAUUUUUGCGCCUCGGUCUCCGUCUUUGAUCGCCAUCGGAGCAGCUCGAUCUUUGUUCCGAUUGUUGGGUUCUUGUGUGGAAAGGGACAAGAAGGAAGGGGAUGAAGAGCGGCGGUGGGCGGGUGGGGAUCCGCCCGUCGACGGCGGAGGAUGAGGCGCUGAAGAGGAACACCGACUGCGUGUACUUCCUGGCGUCGCCAUUGACCUGCAAUAAGGCACAUGAUACCUAUGGCUGGGAGUCAUGCAGAAUUUCUGAGAGGAUUUUGGAAAGACCACCAUCUGGAAGGAGGUGGAGGGAUGCCAAUCAUAAUGAGAGGGAUAGAUCAGAUUUGUGUCGUCGACCAUUGAAGCAAAGAAGACUUAAUGGUUCAAUAUCGGCUGUUAGCCCUGAUGGCCGUGGUGAGCCCUACCAGAGGGAUGAUUGCUAUAUUGAGGAGAGAGGGCAUGGUCAUCAUUCCCACAGAAAUCAAAGACAAAUUCCUCGGAGCUCCAUAAGCACUCGCCUGCAAGGAAGAAUAACACUCUCUGGGAGGUCUUCACCUGACAUCCCAAAUGAUUUGCGAUCUGAGAAUGACGGAAAUAGAGGAAGACCUCGAGGCAGAUUGUCACCAGCCAGACCAAUAAAUUAUCGGGGGAGACAUCAUGAAAGAGUAAGAUGGAGAUCAAAUGAGGAGUUCCCUGCAGAUGCAAGGAGUACUGUGGUAAAGCUAACUAGAAGAGAUGAUACAGGCUCCCUAGAUUUUGCUGGUCCAAAGAGUCUUGCAGAGCUGAAAGGUCCAAAGGUUAUGGAGAAUUCUCAAGAGUUGUCAACCAAGAGUACUAGUGCUGCUGCUCCUCUAGAACUGAAUAAUAUGAAGUCUGCAAAAGUUGCGGUGCUUCAGGAUUCUAAAGAUUCUCUCUCGUUUGAAGGUCCGAAGCCACUGAGCAUCAUUCUUAAGAGAAAAAGAGAUGCAGCAUCUGCGAGUGGUGCAAGCAGUGGAGAUGAAAUUGAUCGAAGAGAUGGAGAAGAGGCAGCAGGUGGUUCUGUUUCAGCUGCUUUAUCAGAUGUGCAGUCCAUUCUUCCGGUAGAAGCCAAGAAAGAUGGCAAUGACAAUGUCAGCUGCCUUGAAGAACACGAGGAUAGAACAGCCAAGGAGGAAGAAGAAGAGGGAUCAAUCUACGAUGGUCGUUCUUCAGCUAAAGAAGAUACGUUUGAACCAAAAGAUCAUAUGGUAGUGGAUGCUAUGGAAGAUCAAGAGCUGGAAUACUAUGACCAAAGAUAUGGAGAGUCUGAUCAUGAGGCUGUUGAGGGCGGGGACCUGAAAACUGAAUAUGAUGAGAAUGUAUACGCAGAGGAUGGAGAUGAGUCUGAUGAUGAGGAUGACUUUGCUAAAAAGGUUGCUGCCUUGCUUUGUUGUGUGUAGGUAAAUUGAGGCUGCUUUUGCUUGUUUUGCUAUGAUUGAGGAGGCCUCAGUCAUGUAAUUUUUGAAGCUAUUGGAGAGUGUUCGUGGCGCUUGAUGUUUUUUAGAACAGUGCCAGGGCCUUUUCAUUCUAUCAUGCUUGUUCGCCAGCAGUCGGAGAUGGAAGAUAGAAGGUAGACAUGGUCUAAAGGAUGACCCAUAAAAUUGUGUAGCUUUUUGUUGGCUUGCAGUCCUUUCAUGUAGGCUUUUUAGAAUUUUUUACUGUAUUAUUUGCCUUUAAAGAUAUGAUUUUGUUUAUCAGUGAAACAAAUGGAUAAGGUAAUGAAUCACCCAAUCUGGGUAUUUUUGUGAUU